UGAUGACGUCAAACUUCCGCGACUCCUCGCAUGUGACAAACAGGAAUCGACCACUUUCCGUUCCAGAAGUGGCUUUUUUGUGUUCACCUGUGAAAGUUUGGACUAUAUUCCGUGCUUGAACCCAGCAUGGCUUCUACAUCAAUGCCGCAGAAGCGCUACUACAGACAGCGAGCCCACGCAAACCCGAUGGCGCACCACACGUUUGAUUACCCGGUGUGUCCUGAAGAAAUGGACUGGUCCAAGCUGUAUCCCGACCUCAUACCUGGGCCCUCGUCGGAGACGGAGGGCCCUAAAGUCGAGUUUGCAGACAUUGGCUGUGGAUACGGGGGUCUUCUGGUGGAGUUAUCGCCACUGUUCCCAGAUAAGCUCAUGUUGGGCUUGGAGAUCAGAGUGAAAGUAUCGGAUUAUGUGCAGGACCGCAUUCGGUCGCUGCGUGAAAUGAACCCGGGAAGCUACCAGAACAUCGCGUGCCUCCGCAGCAACGCAAUGAAGUACCUCCCCAACUUCUUCUUCAAAGGACAGCUCAGUAAGAUGUUCUUCCUGUUCCCUGACCCUCAUUUCAAGAAGACCAAGCACAAAUGGAGGAUCGUCAGUCCCACGUUGUUAGCAGAAUACGCCUACACACUCAGGAUCGGGGGCUUGGUGUACACCAUAACAGAUGUGGAGGAGGUGCACCUCUGGAUGGUGAAGCACUUCAGCGAACAUCCGCUGUUUGCACGUGUGCCAGAAGAGGAUCUGGUAUGUCCACACGCAGCUUUUAACCCCGAGUUCCUGGAAAAAAAACCGUCAAAUUUAAGGAUGUGAAAUUUAGUGUUUUCACACUUAGCUUAAGUUGCUUUUAUGUCAAGCAUUAAAAAAGUUAUUCUCUAC